ACUUUAACCUCCUGAACACACACUCACACACACACUCACACUCACACACACACUCUCUCUCACACACACACUCUUCUGUAAGAGUGUCUCAGUCUGGUCCUGCUCUCGGUCUUUCUUUGGAACUGAUCCGGACUUGCUCGGAGGUUUUUGCAGCCUGGAGUCCUGCUCGAUCCGGCAGAGACUCUCUGAGGGGUCUGCAGGGUGAAUGUAAGACCUGGUUCUGUCCCUGUUCGGACUCCAGCUGCUGAAUGAGAGGAGGAAGCUGAACUUUGACUGUGAGGAGUCCCCCUCCCUCCCUCUCUCUCUCUCUCGCUCUCUCUGGAGGACUCUACCUGAGGUUUUAGACUCUCUCUCUGGAUCCGGAUCGGGUGCAGGAUGUCGGACUCUGCAUCCAGCUUCCUUCAUAUCGGGGAUAUCGUGUCCCUGUACGCGGAGGGGUCUGUGAAUGGGUUCAUCAGCACCCUGGGGUUGGUGGAUGACCGAUGUGUGGUCGAACCCGCUGCAGGAGAUCUGGAGAAUCCUCCGAAGAAGUUCAGAGACUGCCUCUUCAAAGUUUGUCCCAUGAGCCGGUACUCGGCGCAGAAACAGUUCUGGAAAGCCAAACAAGCCAAACAUGAGAAGGACAAAAUCGCAGACGUGGUCCUGCUGCAGAAACUACAGCAUGCGUCCAACCUGGAGCAGAAACAGAACGAAACAGAGAACAAGAAAGUCCAUGGAGACGUAGUGAAGUAUGGAACCGUCAUACAGCUGCUCCACAUGAAGAGUAACAAAUACCUGACGGUGAACAAGCGUCUGCCGGCCCUGCUGGAGAAGAACGCCAUGAGGGUCACUCUGGACGGGACGGGGAACGAGGGCUCCUGGCACUUCAUCCAGCCCUUCUGGAAGCUCCGCGCCAACGGGGACAACGUGGUGGUGGGAGACAAAGUGAUCCUGAACCCGGUGAACGCUGGACAGCCGCUUCACGCCUCCAACCACGAACUGACCGACCACCCGGGCUGCAAGGAGGUGAACUCAGUGAACUGCAACACCAGCUGGAAGAUCAACCUGUUCAUGAUGUUCAGUGACCACCGAGAGGAAGUCCUCAAAGGAGGCGACGUGGUGCGUUUGUUUCACGCCGAGCAGGAAAAGUUUCUGACCUGCGACGAGUACAAAAGCAAAGUCCACGUUUUCCUCCGAACCACGCUGAGACAGUCGGCGACCUCGGCCACCAGCUCCAACGCCCUGUGGGAGGUCGAGGUCGUCCAUCAUGACCCGUGUCGUGGAGGAGCGGGACACUGGAACAGCCUCUACCGCUUCAAACAUCUGGCCACAGGAAACUACCUGGCUGCUGAGGAGAACCCGGGUUACAAAGGAGACAACGCAGAGCCUCCGCCCGCUACGGACGGCGGUCGCAGCAACAAGCGCUCCCACGGCGAGAGGAUCAAGUACAAGCUGGUGGCGGUGACUCACGGGAACGACAUCGCCUCGCUGUUCGAGCUCGACCCGACGACGCUGCAGAAGACCGACUCGUUCGUGCCGAGGAACUCGUACGUACGUCUGAGGCACCUCUGCACCAACACCUGGAUCCAGAGCACCAACGUCCCCAUCGACAUCGACGAGGAGAGACCCAUCAGACUCAUGUUGGGAACGUGCGCCACUAAAGAAGAUAAGGAGGCGUUCGCCAUCGUCUCCGUCCCUGUGAUGGAGAUCAGGGAUCUGGACUUUGCCAACGAUGCCAGCGCCAUGCUGGGUGUCGUGGUGGACCAGUUCACCCAGGGCUUCAUCAGCCAGAACGACAGACGGUUCGCCAUCAAGCUGCUGGAGGACGUGGUCUUCUUCGUGGCGGACGUCAUCAACAGUGGUCAGGCGGUCCUGGAUGUCGCGAUGACCAAAGCCAAUCGAGAGAGACAGAAACUGAUGAGGGAACAAAACAUCCUGAAACAGAUCUUUGGCAUCCUGAAGGCCCCCUUUAAGGACCGGAAAGGAGAGGGUCCACUGCUACGUUUGGAGGAGCUGGCAGACCAGAAGAACUCCCCCUAUCAGUACAUGUUCAGACUCUGCUACAGAGUCCUUCGACACUCCCAGGAGGACUACAGGAAGAACCAGGAGCACAUCGCAAAGCAGUUCGGUGUGAUGCAGAGUCAGAUCGGGUACGACAUCCUGGCUGAGGACACCAUCACCGCCCUGCUGCACAACAACCGCAAGCUGCUGGAGAAACACAUCACCAAGACCGAGGUGGAGACCUUCGUCAGCCUGGUCCGCAAGAACAGAGAGCCCAGGUUUCUGGACUACCUGUCAGACCUGUGUGUGUCCAACAACGUGGCCAUCCCCGUCACCCAGGAACUGAUCUGCAAAUGUGUGCUGGACCCCAAAAACCAGGACAUCCUCAUCAAGACUGAACGUCGGGUCCCCAGAGAGCCGCCCUCUGGUGGUAUUCCUGGAGAAUACCUGGGAAUGGAUGACUAUGGAGACGAGGAUGAGGUGUGGCUCGUGUGGACGGACAAAACCAACGAGAAACAGGAGAAGGGCAUCAGACAGCUAGCUCAGGAGGCGAGACAAGGAAACGCUCACGAUGAGAACGUCCUCACCUACUACAGGUACCAGCUGAAGCUCUUUGCCCGGAUGUGUCUGGACCGUCAGUAUUUAGCCAUCGAUGAGAUAUCGAAGCAGCUGGACGUGGAGCUCAUCUUCCUGUGCAUGAUGGAUGAGACGCUGCCCUUUGACAUCCGGGCCUCCUUCUGCCGCCUCAUGCUUCACGCCCACGUGGACCGAGACCCUCAGGAGCUGGUGACCCCCGUCAAGUUUGCACGCCUCUGGACGGAGAUCCCGACCUCCAUCACCAUCAAAGACUACGACUCCAACAUGGACGACAGCAGAGACAACAAGAAGAACCGUUUCUCCAACACCAUGGUGUUCAUGGAGGAGUACCUGAACAACGUCCUGAACGACGAGCUGCCGUUCCACGACGAGGAGAAAAACAAACUCACAUAUGAGGUCGUGAGUUUGGCCAGACACUUGAUCUACUUUGGUUUCUACAGCUUCUUCGAGCUGCUCAGACUCACCCGAACUCUGCUGGGAAUCAUCGACUGCAGACCGAACCCCGCGUACACCGGGCUCUUAUUCAACGAUGACGGAUCAGGGAAGAACGUGAAGCGCUCCAUUCACGGGAUGGGUCAGAUGAUGUCCACCAUGGUGCUCAACAGGAAGCAGUCCUUAUUUGGCGGUCCAGGAGCCAGAGGUGCAGGAGCGGGGGCGGGGCUUAUGAUUGACGGACAGAGAGGUGGCAAAGACAGUAUCGACAAAACGGACCUGACAGUGAUGGACACCAAGCUGAAGAUCCUGGAGAUUUUACAGUUCAUCCUGAACGUGCGUUUGGAUUACCGUCUGUCCUUCCUGCUGUCUGUCUUCAAGAAGGAGUUUGUGGAUGUUUAUCCCAUGGCUGAUGCUGACGCUACCACCAACAUGGAGCAAGCAGCCACCAUCAACCUGCUGCACAUUGGAGAGCAGGCAGAGGCCAUGUUUGGAGUUGGGAAGGGGAACAGUAUCCUGGAGGUGGACGAUGAAGGCGGUCGUAUGUUCCUGCGCGUGCUCACUCACCUCACCAUGCAUGACUACCCUCCUCUGGUGUCUGGAGCCCUGCAGCUUCUCUUCAGACACUUCAGCCAGAGACAGGAAGUGCUGCACACCUUCAAACAGGUCGCCGUGUUCCUCACCUGA